UAGUACACUGUGACGUUGGCAUCCUCGGCGCACACACACGCGCCAACCGUUCACACAGAGGCGAAUUGGCCGGCAAAUGUUCGCCGCAGCCCGCGCCGCGCCAGUCGCGCACACGUGUUUGUGCACGGACAACGCGUUGCACGCCGCGCUGCACCACGGCCAACAUGGACUGGUCGAACGAGAUUAUACUCAAGUUCAUCCAAGCCUACGGCGAGUACCCGUGUUUGUGGGACCCCACGCACCCCCAUCGCACCAACAGAUUCCGUCGCACGGAGGCCUGGCACGCGAUCAAGAAGGAGCUCGGCGAUGUGUGCACGGUGGACGAUUUGAGGAAGAAGAAGGAGUCUCUGAUGACCUCGUACAGGUUUUACAAGUCGAAAGUGAUGAAAUCGGAGCCGGACGCCCGCGCCAGGUUCGAGCCGACCUGGUUCGCGUACUCCGCCAUGGACGCGUUUCUGGGCUGGAUCUACGAGACCAGCCCUACGCCGUCUAUGCAGACUGUGUAUGAGAACAGUGGAUACCAAACGGUAAACUCCGACUAUCAAGAGGUAUGUGCUGAUUCGAGCGGUCAGGGCGCAUCUAAGGACAUAAAAAAGGAGCCCAAAUCUAACCAAGUCAAAACAGAACAUAAAUAUAAGCCCGCAGCGCAGUCCUCUCAAAGUAAAAUGAAUUGGACGUACGAAAAUACAAUCAAAUUUCUCAAACUUUACCGGAGGAACUCCUGUCUAUGGGACCCCUCGCAUCCCGAUAACGCCCUCGUACAAUGUCGCAAUAAAGCCUGGAACGCGAUAAGCAAGGAGCUGGGAGAUCUAUGCCCAAUAGAAGAGUUGAAAAAGAAAAAGGAGAUCCUGAUAGGAACGUACAGAAGGUAUAAGAGAAAUGAAUUGAAGUCGAAUUCGAAUAACCCGCCGGACUGGUUCGCCUAUUCGCUCAUUGAUAGUUUUCUAGCUCCGAUAUACAAGUAUCCUCGGGCUUUCAUGAUGAGGAUUGAGAAUCAGAAUAAAAAUCGCAGUACAUGCUCGAGUUCGGACGAGGAAGAUACGAAAAGGAAACAAAAUUUCGCAAGCACGAUUCCAAUAAAAACAGAGUACCUCGAAGAAAUGCCACCACAGAUCGAUAUAGAAUUCGUGAACUAUGAAAACAACGACCAGAACGAUACGGAAUAUGAGCAACCCGUCGUCCACUCCACUGACCCUCAAAUCGAUGGAUGGCCGAACGAAAAUGUUAUCAAAUUUCUUCAACUAUACCAAAAGCAUCCGUGCUUGUGGGACCCCCUGAACCGUAACCGAAAAAAUAAACUACAUCGAAACAAAGCCUGGCUCGCUAUAAAAAAAGGGCUGGACGACCUAUAUACGGUGGAGGAGUUGAAAAAGAAAAAGGAAAUUUUGAUGUUCGCUUACAGGCGAUGCCAGAAGAUGAUAACAGAGAAGAGGUCGACUGAUAGUGAUUACCAGCCGACUUGGUUCGCCUAUGAGGCUAUGGAUGGUUUUCUAGGAUCGAUGGUCACGACGGCUACGUGUCCCGACAGUCCUGAAGCUUCUAUGAGUGCAGAGAAUAGAGAAACUUCAGACCAAAGCUCCGAUGAAGACGAUACGAAUAACUCCAAAAUGGAUGCCCAGGACGACCCAGAAGAUUUAGAUCGUGUCAUUAACAGACGUCGCUCUGAAAGUCACGUCGAUUGGACGAAAGAAAAUAUCUUUAAAUUUAUUCGACUGUUUCAAAGUUUUCCGUGCUUAUGGAACCCCAUCGAUCCCGAUUACGCGAAUAGACGACACCGAAUGAAAGCAUGGCUUACGAUAAAAAAAGAGUUAGAAGAUCGGUUCACAGUAAAUGAAUUGAGAAGGAGAAAAGAUAUUUUGUUAUUUACUUAUAAACGGUGCAAGAAGAACGCUGAAGAGUUGGAGGCAAAGAAUUGUGUAUACGAGCCGACCUGGUUCGCCUAUACUAUUAUGGACAGUUUUCUGGACUCCAUCGACAAGUGUCCCGUGGCUUUUAUGAAAACUGAUAAAAAUGAGGAUAAAGAUGACAGUGCAGCCAAAUGCUAUAACGACGCAGAUGUAAAAAGAAAUCAAAAAUUGUAUAAAUCGUUGCCGUCACGAUGUGAGAAUCCACUGGAACCAGCGAUAGAAGUGGCAAAUGCAGACUUGAAUAGCUGCGAUGAUGAUGCACAUAAUGAGUCAGAAGAUGAAAAGGAACUCACUGCUGACACUGAAUCUCAAAUGGAUUGGUCCCGCGAAAACGUUAUCAAAUUUCUUAAAUUAUUCCAAAAGUUUCCGUGCCUAUGGGAUCCCACAAACCACGAGCGUACAUUCAGGCAAAGCGUUAUAGAUGCGUGGGAUACGAUAAAGAAAGAGAUGGGAGACGUGUGUACGGUGGAAGAGCUGAAAAAGAAAAAAGAUUCUUUGCUCGCAAUGUACAGAAGGUGUAAGAAGAAAGCGAUAGAAACAGAGGCGGAGCAGACUUGGUUCGCCUAUUCAGUUAUAGACGGUUUCCUAGGUUCGAUCUACAAGGCUCAGGAUGUUCAGAAGACUCAGGCGGUCGCUAAUAAGUCCGAGAAUGGACAGCGUGAUGCAACAGAGUCGAGCUUCUCUCGAGAUCUAGAAGAUAGUAAUUACUCAAUCACCUUCAGUGAUGCUGACGAAAUAAAAAAGGAAGAAAAUUAUGUACUCAUCGUCUCCGCACCUCCGGAACACGGGAAGAAUCCACUCGAGUUGUCGGUAGAAUUGGAAGAUAGAGUCAACUCCACGUGCGAGGAGCGGAACGACUCGGAAGACGACAGAGCAGCGGCUGCCACUCCGACUCCAAUAUGCUGGUCGAUAAAUGACGUUCUCAAAUUUAUCGAACUGUACAAAGGACAAACGGUGCUAUGGAAUCCCGACAACCCCAAUCGAAGAAGCAAGUAUAGUCUGACUGACGCGUGGAAUUCUAUAAGAAAGGAUCUCGAUAAUCGAUGGACCGUGGACGAACUGAAAAGGAAGAAGGAAUCCCUGCUAGCGACGUACCGGUCGUUAAAGACGAAAGUAAUAAAGUCAGAGUCCUCGGAGUACGUUUUCCAGCCAUCCUGGUUCGCCUUCAGCGCUAUGGAUGACUUUAUGGGUUCCAUCUACAAAUCUUCAUCAACAUCGAGGUCGAAAUCUAAGGAUCGGCAUAAUCGCGACGAUUCGAACGACUCCUGCGACAGCGAACCCGAGAUAAAGCGGGAGAACUUCGUGAGCAUCGUCUCCACAUCGGCGCUUAAGAGAAAAAACCCUCUCGAGCUGCCCAUAGCAAUGGUCGGCGAUUCCAAAAAGUCCAAGGGUAGCGAGCAGACCGAGGAGGAAGACGAGUGCUCCCUGUUCGGGAAGCUAGUGACGUCCAAGCUCCGCAAGACCUCCCAAGACCGACGAGACUGGUUGAUGCUCAAAAUCAACGAGCUCUUCUAUAGAGCGAGUCAGGGGAACAAUGACAAUGCAUAUGGCUAAACUUACUCAAAAUAUUUUAUCGUUUGUUUAAUAUUACACUGGUGAUUGAAGACGUGUUAAUAGUCCAAUUAGUAUAGUAAGUUCACCUCGGAAUUCGAG